UUCCAACAUCCAUUUAUCAAAAACACUUUAUUGUUACUUCAUAAAGAAAAUAUGAGUCGAAUUCCACGAGCUGGGACCUGUACAGGUCUUACUAAAACCCAACAGCUUCGUCAAGCAAAAUCUGCUGCGAUGUUAAGAGAUUUUGAGAAAAAACAAGCAGAUAUGGCACGACAUCAAGCAGAUCCAUUUAAAAGACGUACAGUACUAAGACCUGAACCAAAAAAAGUAGAUUUUACUAAACCUGGAAUGACCAAAGCAAUGAUGGCAAGAGUAAAACAGGCAGAGAAGUUCAAACAAGAAUACGAACGUAAACAAGAAGCUUUAACUACUAGUCGACAACCUCGGAGAACACCUGCACCAAUAGGAGGUGAUGCCAGGUUGCAACGACAGUUAAAUUUGAUUGAAAUGAAUGAUCUAACAUUUGUUAAAUGAAUAACAAGUAUUACUCCGUUUUUCAUGUCUUUAAACUAGAAGAAAUUUAAAAAAUAAAUUGAGUAAUUCAAUGACUUCUUUAAUAUGAAAUUUUUGCUAUCAUACACA